CAUAACGAAUCCACCUUGAAAUGAGGAAAGAACAGAGUAAUAUACAUAUAUAGAUCCACCAUAGCUCUUAAUUUCCUCUGCUCUGCUCUGCUCUGCUUUCUCUCUCUCUCUCUCUCUCUCUCUCUCUGCCAACACACACACACAUACAUACAUUCAUAGACACAUAUAUAUCUGUACGUAUAAUCAAUCCUCAUCAACACUGAAGAUGGGAAGAGGGAGGGCACCUUGCUGUGACAAGAGCAAGGUGAAGAGGGGUCCAUGGAGCCCUGCAGAAGACUUGAGCCUCAUCACCUUCAUCCAGAAGAAUGGCCACCCCAACUGGCGUUCUCUCCCCAGACAAGCUGGGCUGCAGCGAUGCGGGAAAAGUUGCCGAUUAAGGUGGAUUAAUUACCUAAGACCAGAUGUUAAACGAGGGAACUUCACCAGGGAAGAAGAGGACACAAUAAUCAAGCUGCAUCAGUCUCUGGGAAACAAGUGGUCUAAGAUCGCUUCCCACCUACCAGGAAGAACCGAUAACGAGAUCAAGAAUGUCUGGAACACCCAUCUAAAGAAAAGAUUGACAAAGCAAGGCAAUGCCGAUCAGGCCAUUUCUCAUCACAAGCACGAAAACUCCUCACCCUCCCCCUCUUGUUCGUCCGGUUCGUCCCCCAUGAAGGUCGCACCACAAGAAUACUUUCCUAAAGAAUCGUCGAGUUCGUCGACCUCCAUCACUGGAGCCGACGAGGUGGGUUGUUCCGCGGAUCAAGUGAUUGAAAUUCCAUUUGAGCUGGAUGCUGCUGCUGCUGCUGAUGAUGAUUUCUGGGACAUACUGGAUAGCCUGGAAGAUCCAAAUGUUCAGGGCAUGAGUAGUAGUAGUGAUCAUGAACAUGGGGAGGUUGAGUGCAGCGAGUGGCUAAGGUACUUGGAGAAUGAGCUUGGAUUGGAAGCAACCAGCAGUGAUGAGAAUGAUCUAAUUAUCCAUAGCCAUAGCCAGCCAACAGAUACAGAUCUAGAUGGAUCAAUGAUCAGCCCAGAAUUCGUCCUUGACUAUGGCAAGUGUUAUUUCGAGAUGUGGCCCUCUCCCCCACCCCCAAGUCUUGGGAUCUAAUAAUUUAUCAGUCUACUCCCAAUUCCCAAUCUUUCUUUUCCUCCCAAACCCCAUCGCGUGGUCGGUCGUCAUCGUAACGUUUUAGGUCGAUGAGAAACAGAAAUUUUAUUCAAAACUUUUUAAGUAUUUGAUCGAUAUAGCUUGAGAUAAGAAAACUUACUAGAAUUAAACUGAAGAAUUGUAAUACAAAAUUAUCACUUUAUAUUAUGAUUUAAGGUCAAGGAGUGUAGUGAGUUUACACGAACACAAAUUUUAUAUAGAAUUUUUAC